UUCAUUUGUCAGUGUAACUCUCUUGAGUCUUCAGAAAGUUCAGAUGAGGUUUGCUGUAACAACUCCACAACAACAAUAGCGUCUCACAAUUUACAGAUAUGCUGCAUUAGGAAAAAAUAUUAAAAAUGACGUCCACAACACUCUUGUCAUCAAGACUGCUUUCCUUGUUUAAGAAUGGACAAUGGAAAAGAAAGGAUGUUGUUAAAUUGUUUAAAGCCCUCGUGAAAGAAUUUAAUCACACAAAUGAGGAUUUUUACACAUGGAUGAAGAAAAUCCUUUAUAAAGUGGAGAUUCACAAAAUCAGAGCAUCAGAUUUGACUUUAUCAAAUAAUGAUCAGUUUGUGGAUUGUGUUGCUGUAAGAAUUAAUGAAAUAAUCAAAAAUAAUCAAGAGAAAUCACUGGAUGAAAUUAUGAAGGAAAUCUGUGAACAAAAAGUUAUUGAUGAACGUGUUUUGGCUGAAGUGAAAGAUAUUGUUUUAUCUGUGUCCGAAUGUCUGUCAUCUUCCCCAGCACCACACCUACAAGGAAUAAAAGACAUUUUGUUUAAACUCUGCAAAGCUGUGGAAAAAACAACAACAUUUAAACCUCGACUGACUCAGAUGGUGAGCUGGUGCCUUCUUGUUCUUUCUGAGUCCAGUCAGCUUGUUCAGGUUGGAACAGGAGAAGGAAAGUCGUGCAUUGUGGCAAUGUUUGCUGCAUAUCAGGCCAUGAUAGGAAAAACUCCUGACAUAAUCUCCAGUUCUCCUGUACUUGCUGAAAGAGAUGCAAUUGAAUGGUCACCUUUUUAUAAGGAAUUGAGUGUCACUGUUGAUUUCAACACCAAAGACAGUGACCUGAUAAAAUGUUAUGAAUGUCAGGUGGUCUAUGGUACAACUCUUAACUUUGCAAGAGAUUAUCUGACACAGCGCUUACAUAUAGAGGAUGUGAGAUUUAAUAGAGAGUCUCAAUGUGUGAUAGUGGAUGAGGUGGACUCUCUAAUGUUGGACAAAGGUCUUGAGAUGGUUUAUUUGAGCACUGAUGUCCCUCUCAUGGAAUCAUUGAAUGUUAUACUGGCUGAAAUCUGGCAUGAUGUUAACCAUUUAGACACUGAACUUAUUUUAGGUCCUAUUCAGCAGUUGUCUCAGAUUUUGUCAGAAAGUAUUUUUGAAAAUGAUAAUAUUGAUCAACUCAAGGUUGUGCAAGCAGCUGUGAAUGCUGGAAUUCUUCCUACAACAUCCUCCAUACAAAAGCAAAAAGAUUUAAAGAAUGUUCUAAAACAACUAGAUAAUGCAAGUAUUAUCCAAAUGGUGGCAUUUUUGAUGAUGUUUGUAAGAAAUUUCCCUGAGUAUGACUUUAAACUUUACCUCCAAGAGCCUGAUGAAAAGUUACGAAAACUAAAAGAAAUAAGCACUUCAGGUGUAAAUAGGAGAAAAGAAAUAUAUCUUGUUCUUCUAGGAUGUGGACAGUGUCGUCUUGUGUACUUUAAGGAGGAACUUGUAGUUAAAUCAUUGGUGGAAAGGUUUAAAAAUAAAAACCCUACAUUAAUAAAAGAACAAAAUGUAUCUUGUAUCCCUAGCCUUAGAGACCUCAUUGAUGGUAAGCUGCAAACUUGGAUUGAAAAUGCUCUUAAAGCCAAAAAAAUGACUCUUGGGCAAGAAUACGUCCUUCAUAAAGAUGGAGUUGUUCCUGUAGAUUACAGCUGUACUGGUGUCGUGCAGAACAAUAUGAAAUGGGGGGAAGGACUUCAGCAGUUUCUUGAGAUGAAACACCAAACUAAGAUGUCCAACAUGACUAUUAUAACAAAUUUCAUGUCUAAUGUGGGCUUAUUCAAGAAAUACAACAACAUCUAUGGGAUCACAGGAACAUUGGGAGACCCAACAGAGCUUGACAUGCUGAAAGAGAUCUAUUAUGGCAUAAAGACCUGUAAAAUUCCCUUAUUCAGAUAUAGGAAACUUUAUGAGUUGGAAGGCUUGGUAAUACCUGAAGAGAAGGAUUGGAUCAGGAACAUCUGUAAUGUUGUAAAGGAACAAGUGUCCUCCACAGACUAUAGAGGGCCAAGAGCAGCACUGGUUAUCUGUGAAACCAUCAAUCGUGCAGAAAUGUUGUAUAAGGAUCUUGAUGGCACCAUCUAAAAGGGCAAACUAAAACUCUACAUAAACAACAACAUGGAUAACUCAUCUAUAGUAGAUAAAACAGUUCAACCGGGUGAUGUCAUCAUUGCGACUAAUCUAGCAGGUCGAGGCACAGACUUAAAGGUCUGUGAGGAGGUUAAUGAAGCUGGAGGUUUGUUUGUGUUGCAGACCUUCUUGCCCCUGAACGUCCGUGUAGAACAGCAAGCCUUUGGUCGAACUGCACGUCAAGGGAGUCCAGGAUCUGCUCAGCUUAUCGUGUGCCGCAAUAAUUUCUCAGACUUUGUCAAACUAAUGAUGACCUUAAACACAUCUCUGUCCAGCACAUCUCUGGAUUGUCUAAUAAACUUUACAGAAAGUGUUACAGAGAGUCUACUUGAGAGCGCUGUUAAUCCGUACAAACAAAAUCCUAGUUCUCAAAACUACAAGACACUGGUUUCUACCCUAACAGACCUCUUAACCUUUAAAUUUGGAAAAAGUAAUCUGGAUGAGGCAAAAGAAAACAGAAAUCAUUUGGUAAACAUUUCCCUCUCAACAGUUAAGGAUGAUAUGCUGAAGAUAAAAAAAAGGAAGAGCUUUUCUCUGUCUUCCUUGAGAUUUUGGACAACAUUUAUAAGAAUGAUUGUUUUUCUGAGGAGCGUGAUGUCAUUGUGUCCUCUCUUCAUGAAUGCUGGGGUCUGUGGCUCCUGAUGAAUUUCAGUGAUGAAAAAUCCAUUGACAUACUAAAGCAACAAUUGAAGGUGGACUUGGCCCGUGCUAUUGGAAAGCUUUUAAGUAAAGAAUCUCCAUCCUCUAUGGUUUAUUAUUACAUCAGGUCUGGAAACAAACUCCGUCACAAUGGACGCAUUGCAGAAAGCAUUGAGAUGUACACUAAAGCUGUGGAGGAUGGGGAUUAUGGAGAGAUCAUCCCACAGUAUAACCGUGCAUUGGCAAUUAUAACUAAGAAAGACCCUGGCUAUAUUGCUCGAGCACUGACUGACCUGGAGAAAGCUGAAAAGGCCAUUGAUUCAUACAAGCUACAUAUGGCACACAUUCUGAAUUUGGUAAAAUUAUCAAGCCAAGAUUCAAAAGCCGAAUAUGAUACUUUGUUAACCAAACAGUUUAAAGUGAAGGAUGUGGUUCUGGACCUACUGAAGAUCAACAUUCAAGAUGCUGUAAUGAAGCUAAGGAGGGCUGAAAGAUCAGGAAGAGAAGUAAAGCUGACUACAAAACAUGCAGUAUUUCUGAUAGAACACAUCUCUGUCUAUUUUCCAAAUACAACACUUCUGAUAGAAAUGCUUGUAGGUUCUCCAAGUACAACACAUCAGAUAGAAAUGCUUAUCUGUUUUCUAACACUUCAGAAAGAAAUUCCAAUGGAACUUCAUCAUAUCAUCUCAUUGGGUCUUGACACAAUUUUCUCUCUGGACACUUUAUUUUCUUUUAGUGGAUUUUUGUCAAGGUUCUUAAGGUAGACUAUAACUUGUAUGAAGCACUUUACACAAUAACGAAAAAUCUUUAAUUGUUUUAUUAUUUGAGUCUUAAAAUCAUUGAAGUACAUUCUGAAGCUAAAAUGUUUCUGAUACAACUUAAACUCUUUUGUCAGACUUCUCAACCGUUUUUCUUCUCUUCUCUCAAUUAUGAUUUUUUCCUAUACCACAUUUUUAUAUUUGCCUUUCCUUGUUAAGAACCAUACAUUUCUCACUGUUCAUGGAUUCAGAGUACAAGAGUAGUGUUUAGACAGUUUUACUGGCUGGAAUUAGUUAAUAUGUAGAGUGAAGUGCUGUCUAUUGGUUACAUUUAUCAUACAUAGUAUUUUAAAAAUCUCAACUACUUUGCUCUUCAUCUUGUUCAUAUUCUUUAUCACUUAAUAGUUCAUAAGCAAUGUUAAUACUUACAUAAUACUGACUGGUACGAUAUUAUUUACUGUUAAACACAUCUAUGACCGCUGCACACAAUGAUUCUCUGUAUCACUGCACACAGUUGGUCAGGGACUAUUUUUUGUGGAAGGAAGACUUAUGGGGGUGGUUUCCUGAACCGGGAUUAGCUUAAACCAGGACUAGACCUUAGUUUAAUUAUGAUAUAUAACUAGUUUAAACAAACAUGCCUUACUAAAAACAUUACUUGUGUGCAUUUUGAGGCAAAACAAAGGGCACUGAUGUAUUUUAAGAUGUCAGUGCAAGUUGUUUUCAGUUUGGACAGCUCGUACAUUUAUUUUAGUUUAGGACUAGUCUAAUCCCUGUCCACUAACUGACCCUUAAGUGUUUAUUUUACUUAAAGUUGUGUUGGUUUAUAUAUUUUUGCUCUAAUAUUUGUAUUGUGUGGUAAUGUCGUGGUGAACAAAUAAACAGCUGGGUGUAAUAAAGUUAUGUGAAUGACAUGUAAAUGAAACGUAAUGUAAAUGAUUUUUACUGGAGACCUGUCUAUAUAUUUUUUAAUAAAACAUCUAUUAUAUAAAGAUUGACAUAAUGACUAAUAAACUUCAGUUGUUUCCUCUGCACAUGUAUGUGUAGUUGUGGGAUUGUUUGCUUUUCAUUAUAUCUUUGUCAUUUUAUUGUUGUUGUUGUUUUGUUUGUUUGUUUUGAUCAAACCUGUUUAACACAAGAACUGCUACUGGGUAAAAUUGACCCAUAGCUGUUAAAUGUAGGUAACAGAUUUUCAUUAAAGUACCCAAGUGUC